GUUAAUUGUUUUAUUUUCCUAAAAUACAUGUAAAACAAAUGACCUCAACUCGUCGAACAAGACCUCGGUGACAAUAACUGCUUGGUUUAUUGUAAAAUAAGAUGGCCGGUUAAGCUGCUGAAGCAGCCGGCUAACUGUUAGCCGAAGUUUAGCGACGAAGCGUUUAAAGUUGUUCGCAUCUCUAGCCAGUCUGCCACAAGUGCUUUUAUUAACCCAGUCUUUCAUACAGUACAUUUGUUCCGACCGAAUAACUAGUUGCUCACAUUGUUUUAUUUAUCAAAAAAAAAAACACUUCAUGUUCUUCAUACACACAAGUUGGACAAUAAUUAACGUUAGCUAGCACUCAGCUAACUGCAGCCUCUCAAACAGCUACAGCAAGGGUGCAGGUCACCACUUAGCUGCUCAAGUAAAAAUUAGUCGACUUGUAAAAGCAAAAUAAACCGUGACAUUCAUUAACUCAGCUCACGUAAAUUUAGAAUAAUGAAAACACCUUGUUGAUAAUCAUUACUCGGGAUAACUAGACGUUCAGAAGGCCAAUAAUGCCAGCUAGUCGUGCUGCUCCCCAACACAUGUAGCUAACAAGUUGAAGCUAAUUCGCUAAGUGAAUCUGGGCUAAACAUUAUUUACAAACUUUUUAUUUUUUUUAAUAACUGACAUUCAGUGUCGAAGAACUCUAACAUGAAGUCCUGUCGGAUUGUGCUGUAUAUAUCUGUAACAUGGUUGCAGUCCUUGAUGUUAUCACCUAUUUGGAAAAAUACCCAAUCACUAAAGAAGCACUUGAGGAAACUCGCUUGGGAAAGCUUAUUAAUGAUGUCAGAAAGAAAACGAAAGACGAAGACCUUGCUAAACGUGCCAAGAAACUCCUUCGAAACUGGCAGAAACUGAUUGAACCCAGCCAAAAUGAAUCUUCUUCUCGAGGAGUGCAAGGCACCCCAGGCUCAGCCAAUGGCAGUUCUCAUCCGUGCCGAACAGAUACACCUCCAACUGUUCCCCCACCCAGCAAAAAAUCUCCAGAACUUAAAAACAGAAAUGAUGUCCACAACACUUACUCAGCUACAGCAGAAAAGUCUAGAAACCGAAAACACAGGGGGGACCAAAGGGAUGGUCCACAUCCACCCACUAAAAUACACAAAACAUUCACGUACGGGCACACGUUUUCUUCCACCCCGCCAUCAAAUGGAUUUAGUGGCAGCCCUGAGCCUUUCCUAGAAAAACAAGAAGAUGCACCUUCUGAUAGAAACUGCCCAGAGCAUCUUGACAAUGACAAACAAAACAAAAUCCCUGUUAAUGCUGUUAAGCCUCAUCCGAGUUCUCCAGGGCUUACCAGACUCCCCAGCACUUCAUCCUUACUCAAAACAUCAGUGUUACAGCAGCAAACAAGAACAGAAGGAGACGGAGGUGACAAACAUCCAGUCAGUAGCCCUCAAUUCUCAUUAAGUCCACAUAGUGUAGCUCGUGAGACAGUGGCUAAGAGGUCUUCAGCUUAUGCAUCUAAAGGGACUCUGUUGAGCCCAUCUCAUAAUUCUGCCCAAGUGCCCUCUCUUUUGCCUUUAACCUCCCCAAAUCAAAUGUCUCACUCUGAUGGUCGUCUAACUCUAGACCUAGAGGACUCGGUUCCCUUCAACAGAUCUAUUGAGAGAACUUCUGAAUCCCUUCAUAACAGUACAGCACAGGAGCCUUCAGAACUGUCCAGGCACAAUUUCUCACCUGAGGUUCCUAAAGCUGGGUCCGAAAGUGCGAACAAAAAAAGAAAGAAGUACAGGUCUAGGGACUACAUGGUAAAUCUUCAAGGCCAGUCCUCAGAGGACAGGACGAAGCCCGUGCGCUUAAAAGAGCGCAGAUUGACUUUUGACCCAGUGACAGGACAAAUCAAACCCCUCACUCCAAAGGAAUCUCACCAAGAGGAGGAAUGCCAGGGACCACCAGUUUUCGAACCUGCGAGGAUUGAGACCCCCCAACAGAGGCCACCCACGACUGCUCAAAAUCCUUUCCAGCAAACGAACUGGAAGGAGCUGUCCCGAAACGAGAUCAUUCAGUCCUACCUUAAUCUUCAGAGUAAUGUUCUGACUUCCUCUGGAGCGCAGACCCAUGGUGCACACUUCUUCAUGACCGAAUAUUUGAAACAAGAGGAAAACGCUGUUCGAGAAUCAAGGAAGACUCAUGUUUUAGUCCCGAGUGGCUUGACCGCUGAACUACCGGGCGUAAGUCGAGAGGUGACACAUGAGGACCUUCACAGAAUAGACCAAGAGCACUGGGCAGGAGUUAAUGGAUGUUAUGACACCAAUGGAAACUGGUAUGAUUGGACAGACUGUAUAUCUUUGGAUUCUCAUGGUGAUGAGACCAAACUGAAUAUUCUGCCAUAUGUCUGCCUAGACUGAGAAAACGGCUCUGAUGGCUUUUGGUUUUCAUCACCCCCACUGUGAGUUUGAAAAAAAACAAGUCAGAACUUCUUUAUAUUCAGUACUGAAGUUUUUGACACAUGGAGUGAAAAGGGGGUUCUUCGGUUUUCUUAAAUGAAAAAAAGGUAAUUAAAUAGAUGUCCUGUUUGUAAUGUGCUGCUACCAACAAAAAUUUGCAAACUAGAUUUGUAAAUGAUUGCUCAGUCAGAGUAACUGGGCCGGUUAUUGCACAGUGUGUAUAGGAGUCAGAGCACUAAGCAGUGCAGGUUGGAAAGCAAGUCAGAAACUUGUUUGGCAGUUACAAAAAAAAAGCUUUAUGUGACUUAAAGAAUAAAUUAUACUUUUUUUUAUCAUGUAUGCAUCUAUUUAUUUGACUUGAUCAUUUUUCCUUCCAGAAGGUUUAUCUGCCAAGAUGUAUGAAUAUCUUUACGGCUUUUCGCCCCCCCCCCCCCACCCCCACCCCCAUGCAGUGUGUACAUUUUUCUGUCUCCUGCUAAACAAUGCAGCCACCAACAUUCCAUAUGUUACAUUGUUUUCAGUUUAACCUGUGUAUGUGAUUUCCACAAGAGAGAAGCAAAUCUAUUUUUAGACAUCUUCGGUAAGAAAUAAUGGAAGUAUAAUAAUUAUAUUUGCUUAGAUAAUUAUAACAAUAUCAAAGAAAUAAAGAUGUUUAUUUCAUUUCAUGCCAUAGUUGAAGAGUGGCAGCAGAGGGUGCAGCUCUCUUUAUUUAAAGAAAAUGUUAAAAUGCUGGAAAUGUACUCGUUAUCAUUCCUUUAGAUGUUUGCCUUACUGGACACAAAAAAAAACAUUCAUUUCAAGAGCCUUUGGGAAUGUAGAGCAUUUUAAAGUUUAUUUGGUUGUUUAUGUUUUUUUUCCCCUUUUUUUUGGGGGGGGGGGUAUGAUUUUGUUUCUAGCUCCACUAUUUUUUUUACAUACACACACUGACUACAAAUGUGCAUUAUCUGCAUGUCUGUACAUAGUUAUUUCAGUCCAUGUAAAAUGUCGCUAAGUGUUUGUUUAGUGAGAUCACAUUGCAAAAUAUAAAAAAAGAGAUGAUACUUUGUUUAGAAGAUCUUUCAAGUUCAUCAAUCUGUCAGUUAAUUUAAGAUGUAAUUAUACUGUGCUCAGCAUUUACAUGGUAUUUUUCCCCCCUUCCCUUUAAAUUAAAUCUGGAUUUUCAUUUUCAUAACAUUUUGUUAAGGCAGUGAAAGUCAUUUUGCUGUUGACUUGCAAACACUGUGUGCUCUGCUACUUUCAUACCAAUGUGCCUUUUAAUGUUAAAGAAAAAAAAAAAGAAAUUGGAAUGGCUUCAGCUAGCUUAACUUGAAAAGUACAACAUAUUUCUUAAGACCAUGUCCGAUAUUGCAGGGAUACACAUUGUUUUUGAAGCAAUGAGCUCAACCCUUUUUAAGGGUAUCAUGAAUCUGCAAUAAAACCAGAUGGCAAACUAUUCUGAUCAGUUAGUUGAUCAAUAAUUUUUGUUCAGUGUUCAACAUGACUCGUUUGUUCAAAAUAAAUGAUUUGAUUGAACCUUGUC